AUGGUAGAGCUCAUCAACUACUCUCAGUAUCACAUUAAUGUGCGUAUGAGUGAUGAAUCAGGCAGUAAUAGAUGGUUGCUAUCUUGUUUCUAUGGCCACCCUGUUACAAGCUUAAGAAAUAAGACCUGGAGAUUAUUAUCAUCUUUUAAGCCUGCAGUUGGGGGGUGGGGGGUCAUAGGUGAUUUCAACGAGGUUCUGUACAGUGAUGAGAAGGAAGGAGGAAAUCCUAGGAGUGAGUAUUUGAUGAGACAAUUCAGGGAGGUGAUGGAGGAAGGCAGUUUAUGUGAUCUGGGGUGGGCUGGAAAUAAAUUCACCUGGAGCAAUUGCCAUGAAGAUGAAUCUUUCACUAAAGAGAGAUUGGAUAGAGCUAUAGCUAAUGUUGAUUGGAAAUCUCUAUACCCGAUGCAUACAGUUGAGACUCUCCCAGCCAUCUGUUCUGAUCACAGCCCAAUAUUGUUAGAUUUCAGUAUUGAGAGGUGCUCAUUUCGAAGAUGGCAUCAUUUCUUUAAGUAUGAGGCCAGCUGGAACAAUGAGGAGGGUUGUAGUGAGGUUGUAGCAGAAGCAUGGAAUAAACGUAUGGGAGAGAGGAGCAGGAUGGAAGGUUUGAUGAGGAAGCUAGAAACCACCCAAAGGAAGCUCAGUCAGUGGAGUAGAAAUUUGAAUAGAGACAGGAUAGAGGCAAUUAAAGAAAAGACCCACCAACUAGAUUCCUUACAAAGGAAUGCAGGGGCUGAGAACUCAAGAGAAUAG